GUGUGGUCUUUUCUUGUUUUUAUUCACUUUUCUCACUUUGUAAUUAAUUGCACUGUAUCUGGAGUUGGCUUCGAGGAAGCAUGAGCCAAAGUCGCGCAUUAGGUGAAGGGCGAAUCUAUGGUAUUGUGAAAAAACAAGCUUAUAUCAAGGACGUACGCUUGGGCAACGUGCUAUUUCCAAUAAACGCUGCUGCUAUAACAAGUGAUUGUAGUGAUCUUCGAGAAAAAUUCUCGGCCGAUGAGGAAGUAAUUUUUACGGCCCAGAAAAGUCAAGUUGAGAAUGAUGUCCAAUAUACAGCUUCAUCGGUUGUUAAAAAACGAGAGCUAAUAGCAGUAUCUGGAAAAAUAACGGAAGCUUCUGAUAAAUUCUGUUAUGCCGAGGUUAAGAAAUAUGGUCGAGUUUUCGUGCCAUAUUCAGCUAGAAACGAUUAUAAUAAGUCAUGGUUGGGGAAAGGAGCAGAAGUUGGUAAAGUUAUUCAAUUAAAGAUCUUUCGCCAACCAGACAUAAAUAAUUGCCGUUAUGUUGCAUGGAGCAUAAAUAUGAAUCAUACUGAUGAUAAGAAAAACUCUGAUAAAUUCCCCGAGAUGGCUAAUAACCAGAUCGGUGUUAUUGUUGUAUGUCCACGUGAUGGAGAUAUGACUGUAUAUUCUGCGCAAUCUGGCAUAGCUCGUUUGCCGGUGUCAUUGCGGAGAUCAUGGAUGAGUCUUGGCACUUUUGUUAACUACGAUGUUAUUAGACAGGAUACGGACUCGCGCGCCGUUUGGGUUGUGCGAAGGGUUGAAAAUCUUGGUUUGCUGUAUGAGGUAAUAGACGACCGUAUGGAUUCAUCGAAGCUAUUGUUGAGUUUAUAUGCUGUUGUUAAUCGAGUUUCGUUGGAUGCGCGUAACGCAUGGUUAUGGAAUGAUAUUAUUGGUCGUAUUUUUGUUCCUGCACAGCAGUUCAUUCAUGGAUUACGUGCAAUGACUUGCGUUAAAAUUGAAGUAGUAUGGACUGGUGCUUUUGAGGAUGUGCCAUGGAGUGCGACCCGAGUUGAGGUACUUGGUGAUGACGCUGAAAUUCGUAUACAGAAUGCAUCCUUACUUCGUACAGAUGAUAAUUGGACGGUAUCAAAUUAUACCCCAAAUCAGUCUUCAUUCCACGCUUUUAUGAAACAUCCUAGUUAUGGUUGUGCAUUUAUUGCUUGGACGGAUAUAACUGAAGGAGAUACUCCUCCACGUCCAGAUACGAAAUGCAGAGCUACUGUAUUUUUUCAAUCACGUAAUGGUAAACAUCCAUGGCGUGCUGUAUUAGUAACACCGUUAGGCCCAGAUGGUCAGCCAAUAUAUCACCAUCCAUUAUAUGUACAUUCUGGAAACUUAACGCUACCUAAGAAACCAUUUAGGCUGCCAGCCCCUGUGGCACCACCGGCUCCACCCGCACCACCUGCACCCAUUGAAUCUCCUAAAUCUCCCAAACCGAUAGCUCCGCCGUCUCUGCCAGAUGCAUCAAACGAGCAGGAGUCGCUUCUGCUGCGGGAAAUGUCAGGAGGAACCGAAUGUGCAUCACCUCUGAGUAACGGAACACCCCAAGUAUCUCCGGCCAAUCAUGUGCUUUCAUCCGAUAGCUCCGACGACUACCCAGAACAAACCAUAGGAUCAUUGGAUGAAAUGAGCUCAUUCAAGUCGACAUUGCUGCCGUGGGGUAAUGAGGACUUUUUAAAAUGGGCGCCAAUGUCAAUGUAUGCACAGUCAUCUAUAUCUGCUGUUAACGCGUCCCCCUUAGCACCAUUUUCAUUCCCAAGUGAAGACUUAUCUGUAGGAUCAGCUUUAAACUUUGCUAACGAUGUCACUAAACUUCCUAUAAACGAUAUUGCUACGUUGGCUACUAAUGAUGUUGCAACACAGACUGAGGUGUUACCGGAACAGCAGGUUCUCUGGGAUAUCAUUAAUAACAAGGAAUUGCUCAUCCAGGUGAUGAAGUGUUUUCCUCAACAUUGCACUAGCAUUAUGCACAUCCGUUGGCAAAGUCAGCCGACUACCCAUAGUCAAGUGGAAAAUCGUCGAGGAUUUAUGAGAAGAAUUCUGACUUUUAUUGUGCUUGCCUAUGUGAUCGCCCACACAUUUUAUUUUAUUUACUCUAUCACACAAGUAUCUUACACGAGAAGGGAGCUUUCUAAAAAAGAAUUAUCAGACGGACCAUUGGUUUUGAAGGAGGGAGUAUCUGUCAAGGGGAAAGUAUCGGGAUCGGUGAAAAAGUCGAAAGGCAAAGAUUCGAAGAAAUCGCAGAAAUUGAAAGAAAAAACAUCAACAUCGGAGGUUAAAUUGCUACAACCCGAACUCGAUAAUGACUUCGUCAAGAAACUCAUUGACCGAGCUUCGGCAAUGUACAAGACAAACCGACUGCUUUAUUUUACGUUGGUAAACGGAGCAUUCGAGAUGCUGACACUGAAUUGGCUAUGCAAUGUUGCUGAUUUUCAGGGUACACACGAAAGGCUCUUAAUUGUAUCCACGUCUCGGAAAUUGUGUGACAGAGUGCAGGAGGAGUACGGAAAGGCUAUGGCUUGUUUGCUAAUGGUCCUUUCCGGAUAUGAAGAAGACCUUGACUGGGGCGAACAAAAGUACAUAAAUUAUUUGACUAUCAGGGCAAAAUUGAUGAAGAUUCUGACGGAGCACUCCAUACGUUAUACAUUGAUUGAAACAGACUCAAUAUGGUUCCGAGACCCAUUGGAACUGUUCCUUAAUGCCACUUUGAUAGAUGAUGCCGAUGUUGUUGUUCCAGUUAAGGGCCUAACUCAUCAAGGUGAUCGACUUGCAUUCAGCCCGAUGCUGGUCGAACCUACAAAUGCAUCUGUAGUGUUAUUUGAGGAAAUGACUAAGAGGUUGCAGAAAAAUGAAUCACUUUAUGACCAGGACGUUCUGAACGAGUUGUGUUCGAUGCAGUAUCAUGGUAUUGUCUGUAGAGAUUUUGAAUACAAUGAGAUAGCUGACGGCAAAUGGUUCCAUCUCGAUGACUCUGAAAAAGUGAGCAUGAAACCUUACAUAGUCAACAACAAUUUUUACGUUGGAGUUAAGAACAAAGAAGCACGACAGGCUCUCCAUGGUCUCUGGUUCCUUUCUAAACACGUACACUGCGCCAAAGAAAAAGUAAAACGAGCUCAGAACAAAUUCCUUUAUGGGAUUGGAAUCACGUAAUUAUAAGGCAGUGCAUUAUUGGAUCUUGUUUUAUGCAUAUGAAAAAUAAGCGGGUGUCACACUAUAACGGGAUAUCUAUUAUUUGUAAUUAUAUGUGUUGAUUUUUUUGCAG